AUGGCCUGGGCAGGGAACCAGACCCUCAUCUCACACUUUAUCCUCUUGGGCCUCUUCAGCCACUCACAGCUGCACAUCUUUCUCUUUUCCAUCAUCAUGGCCAUGUUUCUGGUGGCCCUCUGUGGAAAUGGACUCAUGAUCCUCCUCAUCAGCAUGGACUCCCGCCUGCACAACCCGAUGUACUUCUUCCUCAGCUGGCUUUCUCUCAUGGACCUCAUGCUUAUCUCCACCAUCGUGCCGCGGAUGGCAGCCGACUUCCUCCUGGGCAGUGGCUCCAUUUCCUUCACAGGCUGUGGACUGCAGAUUCUCUCUUUCCUCACCCUGCUGGGGGACGAGUGCUUCCUGCUGGCCUUCAUGGCCUAUGACCGCUACGUGGCCAUCAGCAACCCCCUGAGGUACUUGGCAGUCAUGAAUCCUCGUGCCUGCUGGUUCAUGGUGGCAGGGUCCUGGCUGUUCGGACUGAUGGACGGGCUAAUCCAGGCAGUCUUCACACUACGCUUCCCCUAUUGCGGCUCACAGGAGAUUGACCAUUUCUUCUGCGAGGUCCCAGCAGUACUUAAACUGGCCUGCGCAGACACCUCCCUAUACGAGUCCAUGAUCUAUGUGUGCUGUGUGCUCAUGCUGCUGCUACCUUUCUCUGUCAUCUCUGCCUCUUACUUGAGGAUCCUUGUGACUGUCGUCCGCAUGAGCUCCGCAGAAGGGCGGCAAAAGGCCUUCGCCACCUGCUCCUCACACAUGACUGUGGUCUCACUCUUCUAUGGGGCUGCCAUGGUCACUUACAUGCGGCCCCAGGCCUACCACUCAUCCAAGCAAGACAAGGUGGUCUCUGCCUUCUACACCAUGAUCACCCCCAUGCUUAACCCUCUCAUUUACAGUCUGAGAAACAAGGAAGUGGCUGGGGCACUGAGGAAUCUUCUGGGAAAGUGUUCUUUUGGUGGGAGGUACUAG